CUAGAAAGCAGCACUCGGCUAAAACCCCACGAAGCCCAGAACUACCGAAAGAAGGCCUUGUGGGUCUCCUGGUUCUCCAUUAUCGUGACGCUGGCCCUGGCCGUGGCCGCCUUUACUGUCUCCGUUAUGAGGUACAGCGCCUCUGCUUUUGGGUUUGCAUUUGAUGCCGUCCUUGAUGUCCUGUCAUCGGCGAUCGUCCUGUGGCGCUAUAGCAACGCGGCCGCUGUGCACUCUGCCCACAGAGAAUACCUAGCCUGUGUCAUCUUGGGGGUGAUAUUCCUCCUGUCAUCCAUAUGUAUAGUGGUCAAAGCCAUCCAUGACCUCUCAACUAAGCUGCUCCCAGAAGUGGAUGAUUUCCUGUUCAGUGUCUCCAUUUUAAGUGGGAUCCUUUGCAGCAUCCUGGCCGUGCUGAAGUUUAUGCUGGGGAAGGUCCUGACCAGCAGAGCGCUCAUAACAGAUGGGUUUAACUCCCUCGUGGGAGGCGUGAUGGGCUUCUCUAUUCUUCUGAGUGCGGAGGUGUUCAAGCACAACUCGGCCGUCUGGUACCUGGACGGCAGCACAGGUGUGCUCAUCGGCCUCACCAUCUUUGCCUACGGGGUCAAACUCCUCAUCGACAUGGUGCCCAGGGUGAGGCAGACGCGUCACUACGAGAUGUUUGAGUGAAGGGGGCCGAGCCGCCAGUCUGCAUCUGCAUGAAGACGUCAGGACCAGGAGAGGUUUCCACACAGGCGGAUGGUGCCAGCAUUUAACUGAACAUCCGGUUGUUUCUUUGGAAAGUUUGUGUU